UUAAAAAAAUAAAAAAUUAAAAAAUUGCUCUCUUUUCACCUCCCCUCUCAUUUCUACCCAAAAAAAUCUCCCCUUUUGUCUCUUCCCAUCCCUUCUCUCUUCCCCAGCAAAUCUUCAAUCCGAGUCCGAUCAACUCGCUGCAACUCGCUGAUUUCUGAUCGAAAUUUUGAAUCAAUCACUGCCCAUUUUUGCAGCGUUGCGAUUCUCUAAUUCAAUGGUAACAUUUUCUUUUCGAUAACUUUUAAUUUUUAUCUGGGUUUUUAUUGGGUCUGCAUAUUUGUCUCGAAUGAUUUAAUGGAGUAUAAAUGGUGAAUAUUGCAUUAACAUUAGGUUUUUCUAUCUGGGAUCUGAUUCAAUUGUUGGUAUUGCGUUAAUUUGAUCGGGAUUUUCAAUCUAGGGUUAGGGUUUUUGUGGAGAGAGAAAAAGGGGGAAGAAAUUUAGGGGAAGAGAGGGAGGGGAAGAGUGAGCCAAGAUGUUGAAUAAAUUUAUGAAACGAGGGAAUCGAAAAGGGUCUAAAUCAGAUGAUUUAGCAUUUCCCCCGAGUAAUAGAGGAUCUGGGGUGGUGGCUUCAUCCAAUGUUGUUGUUAAUCAUGCGUCACGAGUUGGGGUUCCAGGUUCGGCUGGACCGAAUGCCACACCGCAGGGCGUUGGUGGCGGGGGUUUGAUGGUGACGGUUCCACCUACGGGUGCUAUUGAAGCUCUCCCUAUGUUUAAAGAUGUCCCAGCUGCAGAGCGCCAGAAUCUGUUUUUGCGUAAGCUUCAAAUCUGUUGCUAUCAAUUUGAUUUUACUGAUACGUUGAAAUCAGUUAGGGAAAAGGAAAUUAAAAGGCAAACAUUGAUGGAACUUAUUGAGUUUAUUCAGUCGGGGUCGGGGAAGAUUCACGAGACUGUGCAGGAUGAGAUGAUUAAGAUGGUGUCGGUAAAUAUAUUUCGGUGUUUACCCCCAACAUCCCACGAAAAUACUGGUGUUGAGGCUACUGACCCCGAAGAGGAGGAGCCAUUUCUUGAGCCCUCGUGGACUCAUUUGCAGCUUGUAUAUGAGCUUUUGUUGAGAUAUGUUGUGUCCCAAGAUACUGACACGAAGGUUGCCAAGCGCUAUAUCGAUCAUUCAUUUGUGUUGAAGCUACUAGAUUUGUUUGAUUCAGAGGAUCCAAGGGAAAGGGAGUAUUUGAAAACUAUCCUCCACAGGAUAUAUGGGAAGUUUAUGGUGCAUCGACCGUUCAUCAGGAAAGCGAUAAAUAAUAUCUUUUAUCGAUUCAUAUACGAGACGGAGAGACAUAGUGGGGUUGGUGAGCUUUUGGAGAUUCUAGGAAGUAUAAUCAAUGGUUUUGCCCUUCCAAUGAAGGAGGAACACAAGUUGUUCCUUGUUCGAGCUUUGAUCCCACUUCAUAAACCGAAGCCAGUUGGGCUAUAUCAUCAGCAGCUUUCAUAUUGCAUCACUCAGUUUGUUGAAAAAGAUUACAAGUUGGCAGAUACAGUGAUUAGGGGUUUGUUGAAAUACUGGCCUGUUACUAAUUGCCAGAAAGAAGUUCUUUUUCUUGGGGAAUUAGAAGAAGUACUAGAGGCAACACAGUCUGCUGAAUUCCAGCGUUGCAUGGUCCCACUUUUCAGACAGAUAGCUCGAUGCCUUAAUAGCCCUCAUUUUCAGGUAGCAGAACGAGCACUUUUCUUAUGGAAUAACGAGCACAUAGUAAGCUUAAUUGCCCAGAACAGGACGAUGAUCCUACCCAUCAUUUUUGAGGCAUUGGAGAAGAACAUUCAAAGUCACUGGAAUCAAGCUGUUCAUGGUCUCACUGUCAAUGUUCGGAAAAUGUUCUUGGAAAUGGAUGUGGAGCUCUUUGAAGAGUGUCAAAGGCAAUAUGAAGACAAAGUAGCUAGAGCGAAAGAGGUAGAAGAGCAGCGGCAAUUGACGUGGAAGAGACUAGCUGAAGUGGCAGGAGAGGACAUGGUUACAGCUUGAAUGAUUUCAAGGAUCCUAUUCCUGACUUUGUGUCCAUCAGUAUCAAGAAGCAAAGGCACUUGGUGGACUUUUCUUAUCUCCAUUUUGGUGGUAUUCUUUUUUUCCUCUUUUUAUCUCAUAAUUUUUUGGUCCUUCGAUAUUUUUUUUCCUUUUAAUUUCAUUCUGACCACCGAAGAUGUCGGGGAGAUCAGCGAUAAAAUGUAAUUUAUUUUGUAUCAAAAAAUUUGCAGAUUAAGAAUGAUAUUGCCAAGUCUCUUCCUAAAAAGUGUAUGUGCUCUUCUUUGGUAGAGAAACCCAAAUUAGAUUUACGGGCCCUGAUUAAAGGUGAAUUAUUUACGUUAAAGUUGACGUACGAGGAUGCUUAUCAUCUUCAAAAUCAACUGAUUGUCAACAUGUGAUACAUCUAUUGAGUUUUCUUUCCAUAGGAAAGGUAUACCGCACUCUUCUGCCUUGCAAUAGAACUAGAAGACUGGGAACUGAUCUUAUUGUAUUUUGUUACAUGAUAAGAAUUGUUUUGUUGUUGCCUUUUUUAUUUUCUUUAUCUUUUGUUAGGUAUUCCUGUAUUUUGAAUUUUCUGCAAUGAUAAAUUUCAUUAUCAUUUGCUCCUUCCCACUGCGAUGUUUAUUGUAAAUUUCUGGUUUCGCGUC